AUGGCACGAUCAUCCUCACCUCGAUAUGAUCUCCUCCCACAAAACUCCCCCGACGUCAAGGACUCUACCUACGAAUUCAUGGAUAAAUCAUUUUCCCCGUGGCGCUUAGCAUCGAAGCUUCUACGGGCUUUUAGAAGAAUCUGCAAACCAACAUACAUCUUCCUAUUCUUCAUCUUGUUUCUAUGCUGGCAAAUCAUCCUCAACGCGAGUUAUACGAACCCCCCGAAAUUCUCAAUACCUAGCGAUGAAAAGGUAUUUAUCGCGGCGAAUAUAGUGGAUGCGAAACUUAUAGAUGGUUUAUGGGGGGAUAAUUUGGUCGCCCUGGUCGACGCAAUUGGGAAGGAGAGAGUUUUUGUUAGUGUGUAUGGAGGACCUAAGAAUUCGUUGGUGAGACUUGAGGGGAGGCUACAUGGUGUGCAGAAGAAGAUUGUAGCAGAGGUGGACGAUGCUAUUGAUCUUUCGGCUUUACAUCGCAUUACAUUGCCUAGUGGACAGACAAGGAUCAAGAGAAUCGAAUAUCUUGCCGAUGUGAGGAAUAAGGCUUUGGAUCCUAUAACAUCUGGGGAGAUGACGGAGAAAUAUGAUAGAGUACUUUUCUUGAAUGAUGUGCUCUUCGAGGUGGAGGGUGCGAUGAGGCUUUUGUGGGGGACGAAUAUCAAUGAGGAGGGGAGGGCGGAGUAUAAGGCCGUUUGUGGUACGGAUUUUAUUUCGAGUUGGAAGUUCUAUGAUACUUAUGCUACGAGGGAUACCGAGGGCUAUAGUAUUGGUGUUACAAUCUUCCCAUGGUUUGGAGGAAAGGGAGAGAGUACUAGUCGAAAUGAUGUUUUGGCUGGCAAAGAUGCCGUCAGAGUCAAGAGUUGUUGGGGCGGUAUCGUGGCUUUCGAUGCGAGAUUUUUUCAGACAAAAAUUGCCAAUACUACCUCUUCGAUUUCGAAAGAAAGAGAACCUGAAGACUCAGAUCAUAUCUAUGAACGUUCAACCUCACCCACAGAACUUCCACUCAAAUUUCGAUCCGAACCAGAAUCCUUCUGGGAUUCUUCCGAAUGCUGUCUUAUUCAUGCCGAUAUCCUCGCUACCCCCGAUUUUCCAGAUUUUACUACAAAUACCAACGAGAAUUGGGGUGAAGGAAUUUUCAUGAAUCCUUUCGUGAGAGUGGCAUAUGAUGCGAGAUCAUUCAACAACAUUAAAUACGCUAAGAGAUUCGAACGGUUAUUUGUGCCAUGGCAAGCUAUGAUCAAUUAUCUUGCACAUCUACCACGAUUUAAUGAUAGAAGAGGAGAGCAAGGAGGGGAUAUUGUGGAAGAUAGGUUAUGGAUCCCUAACUCGUUCACGACGGAACAAGAACAAGCUGCGAUCGAUCUACAAAAGGAUUUUGGUGGAAAAUAUGGUAAUGCUCCUAAAUCCGCGGACAUUAAGAAACAAGAAAAACGAGAUCUAGGUGAUGAGGAUUCCACUUGGCAAGGUCUCGAUUCCCUCCAAGCAUCAUCAGCAUCCUCGUAUUUUUCCGCCAUCGUCGGAGGUCUUAAAUCACGUUCCGAGAGUUCCCCGCCAUCGAGGAUUAUGCAUGCAAAAAGAGAGAUGACCCCAAGUGAGUGGGCGAUGGCAAAACCGAAGGAAUACUGGGGAAAAGAGGGACAUUAUGUGGAUUAUCAGAGAGUGGCGAGGAAGGGGGGAUAUUGUGGGGUGAGGCAGUUGACGGUUCUGAGGGAGGGGGUUAUUGGGGUCGGGGAGAAGGGGUGGGAAAAUUUGAGGGGUGAGGUGCCACCUAGGGAGGAAGGAAGAUAA